ACAAAUUCCACAUUUCUCAGUUCUCACGCACGACGUCUCUGAGCCCUAGCGUCCGGCGAAUCCUUUUUUUUCUCUUUUCUUCAUUUCCUUUUGCUUCAUUUCGAAUCAAAUUCAAUUUUAUAUGUGAGAUUUUCAUUCUUAUUCAUAUGAGUUUUUGUUAGAUUUCUUCCAGUUGGUGAAUCGUGGUACUCAUUUCUUCUCAUGUGCCAUGGAUAUUGAAAUUAGGGUUUUUUUUUACGUCUAGAGUCAAUUGGGUUUGUGAUUUAUUGGGGUUUACUCGAAAUUGCCGUUAUUGGGUUUCUUAAAGUCUUCGUCUUUUGAUGUUCUUCAUCAGUUCAAAUUUACGAUUUUUGUGAGGGUUUUGGAUACAAAUGUUGAUUUCUAUGUGGAUUGAUCAUAUGGAUUAUGUAAAGUUUAUCCCUUUCUUCGAAAGAUUUGAUCUUUAAUGUGUAUCAAUUCUUGUUUGCUGACUUUUGUUACAUUACCCUGUUUUGCAGAAGCUUGGAGUUUAUCUUUGACUUUAUUGUUGGAUGUUAAAGCUAUCUUAUCUUAUAGUAUAAAGUGGAGUUUCGACAUGUUGCGAUUCAGUUGUAGUGGUUUUGAUAUCUCAAGUUGUUUUAUUCAUCUUGCUGAAUGGCAUCCUUUGGAAUAACGAAGCUUACCGGGCUUUGAAGCCCCUCUUUUUGCAGAGUUUCGUUAUUGUUAGCUUGUGGUCUACUUGAGAAAUUCAUAAAUUUUGGAGUAGAUAAUGUUUUGUGAUAGUUUUGCAUUUGCCCAAGUGAUGAGUUGCUUCGGGUGUUUUGGUGGCUCUGAGAGAUCAAGACAUUCACCAAAUCCAUAUGAUGAUGAUACAUAUUCCCAUGAUAGUGGUGAAACCAGCAAUCCGGGAGGAGAUGAUGAAGAAGGAGAAGAGGAAGAGGAAGUAGAGGAGCUAAGUCGUUCCAAACGAUCUGAAGAAAUUUUGAAAUGUAAACUACAAAAUGGACUAGUCUGCAGGCAGUUUCCAGUCAAGGAAACUAAUAAACUUACACGCGGAGAGGAUGAAGAUGGAAACAAGACAAUAAAUGAGUUUGUUCGUGAGCGUAAAAUUGGAUCUGGUAGUUAUGGGAAAGUGGUUCUCUAUCGAAGCACUGUCGAUGACAAGCAUUAUGCUAUUAAGGCUUUUCACAAGUCACAUUUAUCGAGGCUACGGGUUGCACCUUCAGAAACUGCUAUGGGUGAUGUUCUUCGUGAGGUUAUGAUUAUGAAAACCCUGGAGCAUCCUAAUAUCGUUAAUCUCAUUGAGGUGAUUGAUGACCCUGAGUUUGAUGAUUUUUACAUGGUUCUCGAAUAUGUUGAUGGAAAAUGGGCCUAUGAUGAUUCUGGACCACCGGGUGCUCUCGGAGAAAUUACUGCUAGAAAGUACUUGCGCGAUGUAGUUGCCGGCCUCAUGUACCUUCAUGCUCAUAAUGUAAUUCAUGGUGACAUCAAACCUGACAAUUUACUGGUUACUAGUACCGGGAGAGUGAAAAUAGGAGAUUUCAGUGUCAGCCAAGUAUUCAAAGAUGAUGAUGAUCAACUCCGUAGAUCACCCGGCACUCCUGUCUUUACUGCCCCAGAAUGUUGUUUAGGUAUAACAUACAGUGGAAGAUCUGCAGAUACGUGGGCAGUAGGAGUUACUUUGUAUUGUAUGAUUUUAGGACAAUACCCAUUUCUGGGUGAUACACUUCAAGAUACUUAUGACAAGAUUGUUCACAACCCGUUGAUAAUACCGGAAGGACUCAAUCCUCGUCUAAGGGACUUGAUCGAAGGUCUCCUUUGCAAAGAUCCAAACCAGAGGAUGACGUUGAAAGCUGUGGCGGAGCAUCCAUGGAUCACAGGAGAAGACGGGGCUAUUUCGGAAUACUGUUGUUGGUGCAAACGCAAAGCUGAAGAAGAAGAAGAUCAAAACCAUAGCUGAAAGCUAGUACGGGUAUAUACUUGAUUGAACAUAGCAAUCAUCUCGUUGCAUGUUGGCGAUUAGAAGCGUUUGCGUUUGAAGUUUGUUAUAAGUUUUUUGGUAUUUGACGCAAUACCGUUGUUUUGAGCCUCUCUUGAUUGUGUGUCUCGGUCUGUCGGUCAUGUAUUGAGAAGACUCUUGAUAGUCUUUUUUCUCUUUGUUUUCUUCACUUGUUGUGAUUGUACUGUUAAUUUCAAAGAUAAUUCGUAAAAGAGUGGGGUAAAACGGCCAAAAUCAACUCCAACUAUUUUUAUGCU